AUGCUCGUUACCAGGCAGUUCGACACCACCGAGCAGAGCCACUGGUCUUACAGCAAGUUUGAGACCUCCCUUCACAAGCCCCCUACUACACCUCCACGCAUGUCGAACCAGUUCGAAGCCCCGUUGCCGACGCCUCCCGAGUGGCAGGGCCAGCAGUACUCGUACUUGCCGGCCCCGGAGAACAACGUCUUCUCUCAGGGAUACCAGGCUGGCAAUGACGCCUCGGAACCUCGCACUUCGGCCAGCGCUCCCACUCAAGUACACAUCCAGACCAAGCAAGAACCCAACACCGCGACUGAGAACCGCGGAACCGCAGACCCCCUUGGCCUUCGACAGGUCAAGCAACCCACUCCGGAAGACGAGCCUGAAGUACAGCAGCAGCAGCAAACACAAGGACAGGACCAAAGGCAGGAGAGUGUAGAGAAGAUGGCAGACUCAGCGCCCCAGGACAGCAUGGCCUCGGUGGAGACACAGAGUGUAUCAAUGGCAUCGGCUCCUUCAUCGACGGCAGGCGAUGUGCCCUCGGUUCAGAUCGACAACGACGAUGCUUCCUUGAGCAAGGAUGAGGACGAUGAUGUCCUCGACGAUGAUGAUAUGCUUGAUGAUGGAGACGGUACACCCCAGACUGCCGCAGAGCGGACAGCCGCCCGCAGGAAGAUGAAGCGCUUCCGUCUCACACACCAGCAAACACGAUUCCUCAUGAGCGAGUUCGCCAAGCAACCACACCCCGAUGCCGCCCACAGAGAACGCUUGUCUAGGGAAAUUCCAGGCCUGAGCCCUCGCCAAGUCCAAGUUUGGUUCCAGAACCGCCGUGCCAAGAUCAAGCGUCUCACAGCCGACGACCGUGACCGUAUGAUCAAGAUGCGCGCUGUCCCUGACGACUUCGACAACGUUCAAGCUCUCCACUCUCCCUACGGCGCUGUCCACGGCCUCGGAACUCCUUUGGCCUCACCCAUGGGCUUCGGAACACAGGCCUACGCCGACCACAUGAUUCGACCCCUGAUGGUGGAUGUGCGAAGGGCUGAGGGCGGCGAGGAUCACAUCUCUACCUCGGGAAUGAGCCCGGGCUUCGGAGGCAUGGCUUACACCCCGCCGGCAACCAUGAGCAGCCCCGAUAUCCUCUCUCCCAUGACCCCCAACUCAACGGGCGACCACCGUUACGGCUACGGCAGCCACCUCUCUCCCAUGGGCCCCGGUCCUCGCACCUCGAACCCCUUUGCGCGCCAGGGCGCCAUGGAAAACUCGAUGUCGAUGCACCGAGGCCAGCCUGCGCGACCUCUCCAGCCCCUCCAGCUCCGCGAGACCAUGUCCAGGUCGAGAUCAGAGAACAUCCAGUCUCCCUUGAGGUCUAGCAUGUCCUGGAAGGGCGACUCGAUCGACUACAACUCGUACCACCACGGCGCCGGCCCCAGCCCUCAGCUGAGCGGAAGACAGCAGUCCGUCUACCAGCCGGAUGGCAUGAGCGCCCCUUCAAGCAGCGGCCUCCCCUACGAGUCUGGCUCAUACUCCGGCAACUCGGUUCACUCCCCUCCCGGCAUGAACUACUCAAACUUCCAGUCCCAGCCCAACCGUCUCCGAACUCGCGCAUCUUCCGGAGCUGUCCCCCUUGGCCUCGACCUCCGCAACCAAUACCGCUCUGUCGGCUCGGUCCCUCCCCCAGGCCACGCCUCUACCCCUCGUGCGACCUCCGCCCAAUUCCCCACGUCGGGCCCUUACACCUCCUCCUUCCCCUCAGCGCCCCUUACCGCCCCCGUCGACUUCUCCCUCCCCCGCACCCCCGGUCCCCGACCUGGCGGCGUCCAGGACUACUCCAUGCCUCAGAUGAGCGCCCCCAUCGCCGCUCCCAACGACUUCUCCCAGGCCUUCCACGCCAGCAUGAGCACUUCCAACGCGAGGACUCCCAUGCGCGACUCCUUCGGCGGCGCCGGCGGUCCCAUGCCUCCUCACGCGGAAAGCCAGCAGCACCAGCAAAGAGGCGAAGAGUACGGACAGGACUACGGGCUCAAGAGGAAACGGAGCUUCAGCGGAGCGUCAACAACCGGUCCUGCGCCUGCAUACGGCAGCACGGCGUAA